GACAAAGCCCGGAGCGAGGGGCAGCGGCUGGUUUGGGAAUCGGAGGAAUUGCGGCGCUUCCUGCGGGAGCAGGAGCGGCUCCUCCUGGCCCGGCUCGGGGACCUGGCCCGGGACGUUCGGCGGGCCCAGGACCGGGCCCUGGCCAAGGUCCGGGAGGAGUUAUCCCACCUGGACACGCUCAUCUGGGAGAUGGAGGGGAAAUUCCAGCAGCCCCCGGGCCAAUUCCUGCAGGACAUCGGAGGACUCCUGGACAGCUGCGAGGCCAUGAAGUUCAACCCCCCGGCUGAGAUUUCCCCGGAGCUGGAGGGGAGGCUCCAGGAGUUUGUCCAGAGGAACGUCCUGGUGAGGGGAACCCUGAGGAGAUGCCAAGACAGCCUCAUGUUCCAGCUGCAGGAACCAGGUGAGUUCAUG